AUGACCUGUGGAAGGAAGAAGAGCAUGUUUUAGUGAAGGAAGAAGAGGAUGUAUUUGGAGUGAAAGAGGAGGAAGAUGCUAUGAGAGUGAAAGAUGAGGGGGAUGAUGAUGAUGAAGAGGAGGGGGAGACUGGAGAUCUGAUUAACACCAAAGAGAGACCAGACUCUCAGUCUGACGGCAGGAAGAGUCCUUUGGGGGAACCAGACCCAGAGACGCCCAAACCAGCAAGACCACACCACUGCUCCCAGUGUGGAAAGAGUUUUUCCCGGUUAUGGGACCGGAAAAUACAUGAGAGAAUACACUCUGGAGUGAAGCCUUACCACUGCUCAGACUGUGGAAAGAGAUUUACCCAGCUAGGGCACCUGAAAGAACAUAAGAGAACACACACUGGUGAGAAACCCUACCAAUGCUCCCAGUGUGGAAAGAGUUUUAACCAGUUAGGGGCCCUGAAAACGCAUGAGAGAAUACACACAGGAGAAAAGCCCUACCAAUGCUCCCAAUGUGAAAAGAGAUUUACCCAGUUAGGUACCCUGAAAGAGCAUGAAUUAAAACACACAAAGACACAGGAGAAGACAUACCACUGCUCUCAUUGUGGGAAGACAUUUUCCAGGUCAGAGGACCUGAAAUCACAUGAGAGAAUAGCGAGGCUGUGUUCCGACUUAUGUUUUUGACAGAGAUUUUUUUUUUGUCUUUGUUCAUGCUAGAUGCUGUUCAUCACGUUUGCCGCUUGCUGACUGAUAUUUUUUUUAAAAGAGAGCGCUCGUAGACCUUGUCCCGUUGGGACGUAGACAGUUCCGGAAGACAAAUGAAUAAUGUCAGUCAUAAGUAUUUUACAGUUCUUCCAGAGCGGGCGGUAACUGUCAGUGUAGUUGACCUCUGAUUCGUCGAGCUUCAUGUCAGUCAUUCCCACUUCGGUCCACGUGUGUGAAAGAAGGUGUGGUUGAUUGCAUUUUUACAAAGGCCCUGAUCUAUUUUCCACUAAUAUGGUCUUAUGAUCACAUCAUAAGGGGGCGGCAGGGUAGCCUAGUGGUUAGAGCGUUGGACUAGUAACCGGAAGGUUGUCAGUUCAAACCCCCGAGCUGACAAGGUACAAAUCUGUC